AUGGAUCUGACCCAAGGACUUGGAGCUAGAUCCGGCGGUGGGCCGUGCCGAGAGGCGGUGACCGGACUUGAAUCUCUCAAUUUCAGCGACGAAAUUCGGCAAUUGGUGACGAUGCCUCCGGAGAAUACCGGCUCCUCCUUCACGGCUUUGCUCGAGAUGCCGGCGACUCAGGCCAUGGAGCUUCUCCAUUUCCCAGAGACCUCGUGUUCUCAGGCGACCGUUACAAGAGCCGCCGGAUAUAUCGCUCCUCCCACUCUUCACCCUUUCGGGACAUUGACUUUUCCUUCUAACUUGCUUCUCUUGGACCGCGCCUCUCGUUACUCGGUGGUUGCUACAGAGCAAAACGGAAAUAUCUCCGGCGAAAGCGAAUCCAGCGCGAAUCUGGACAGAGUCAAGUCCGAGCCUGAUGACACCGAUUCAUCUCAGCGGUUGGUUUCUUAUCGAAUGGUGGAGAAUCAGAAUUCGACCCAGAAUCAGGACAACUCUUCUGGCAAGAGGAAAGAACGAGAGAAGAAGGCAAGAAGGGAGAAAAUAAACGCACGAAUGAAGCUGCUACAGGAACUGGUCCCAGGCUGUGAUAAGAUUCAGGGCACUGCAUUGGUGCUGGAUGAAAUCAUUAACCAUGUGCAGACUUUACAGCGUCAAGUAGAGAUGCUAUCUAUGAGACUUGCUGCAGUAAACCCCAGAAUCGACUUCAAUCUCGACAGCAUAUUAGAUUCAGAAAAUGGUUCUUUUAUCGAUGGUAGCAUCAACGGAGAUGCUUAUCAUCAGCUGCAACAGUGGUCUUUUGAUGGCUAUCACCAGCCGGAAUGGGAAAGAGAAGAAGAUCAUCAUCAUCAAGCAAAUGUCUUGAUGGGUUCAGCUAAUUUGAACCCAAAUCAGGUGAAAAUGGAGCUAUAA